AGUUGUACCCUUAGCACCCAGAAUGCAUUGCAAAGGCACAAUCCCAGAAGCUGGUGAGCAGCACUCACUCGAGCAGCACAGCCGAGGCGUUUUGGUGAGACAGACGGCGACACCAAAAGGGAUUUGUUCAGACCCCGAAACUGGUGGGUGUUUCCUGGCAGUUGACCAUCAGAAGUGCUCUAAGUACACUGGCAAUGGCUAAGGCUGGAAUUUUAGCCCUGACGGUCACCGUUCUGCUGCUCUGCAGACUUUCCUCAGGCAAGACUGUUGUGGAGAUUGUGCAGUCCCCUCCUUUUGUGACAGCAGUAGAGAAAGAGUCCGUAGUUUUGCAAUGCACCGUCAAACAUCAUCUGUCUGGUUUCCAAAUGCGGUGGUACCGGGAAACGGCCAAGAGUAAGGGUCACUUCUACUCGGCCACCCCGCCACUUCAUCGACUGAAUGAUGGCAGAGCUCGAUUAAUGAAGGAAGAUGGGUAUAUGGUGUGGUCGCUAAACAUCAGCGAUCUGAAAGAGGAGGAUUCUGGGGUGUACUACUGUCAAAUGUAUGAAAUGAUGGAGACAGGAAAAGAGGAGCUGAAGGCUUCAGGAACUGGAACUCAUCUGAUUGUAGAAGCUCCAUUGACGAUACUUCAGUACCCUUCACCUGCAGUUGUGGAGAAGAGCUCCAUCACUCUGACCUGCCUCAUGGCAAACGAGACACCUGAAGGUCCCGUCCGCUGGUUUCGAGAAACUGGCCGGGGACAUGUUCACUUCUUUUCUGAUAUACCUCCCAAACACAAGCUGAAUGAUGGAAGAGCAAGCUGGGCCCACAAUGGCGUAACAGGGGACUUGUCCAUCACUGUAACGGAUUUGACCGUGGAUGACUCUGGGGUUUAUUACUGUGAGAAAUACAACAUGCUCGACGAUGAAAAAGAGGAGCUGUUGGCGUCAGGACCAGGAACAAGGGUCACUGUAGAAGCUGAGAUCAUUCAGUUGCCAGCAUCGGUGACAGUCAAUCCUGGGGAUUCAGUGACACUUUUCUGUACAAUAUCUGCGUCUCAACGAUUUGUUCGCUGGAUGAAGGAGACCAAACAAGAGCGAGUUCGGGUGGAUCUUGCCAAACUAGGGCAUGGGAAAGAGAACAGCAACAGGGUCCACUGGAAGAACAACAACAAGGAAUGGGAGGCUUCGAUCACCAUCGACGCAGUGAAGUCUGAAGACUCGGGGGUCUAUUACUGCCAAAAAUAUACAAUAAUUCACCCAGACAAGGAGCAGGUGGUGUCAUCUGGAGCAGGAACUGAGCUCAUAGUAAAAGAACCUCCUGCCCUGCAAGUCUUCCAGCCAAAGACAGAGAUCUCGUGCAAGAAGGGGACUAGCGUUGUGCUGAACUGCUUCACGUCCCCUCUCAGCCCCACUAGCAUUGUGACGUGGUACCGGGACACGGCAAACGGAGAAGAGGCCUUUUACUCAUCAAAGGGUCCUGGUGAAGAUGAAACAGAUCCCCGUGUCCAUUUCACACAGCAGCAUUCAGAUGACAUAGACUGGUCAAUCACCAUUGAGCAGCUGAAGGUUAAAGACAGUGGCGAGUAUUACUGCAGAGUAUCAGAUACACAUCAAACGAUCACAAGUUUGGCUGUCAAACUCAAUGUAACAGGAGAUGACCAAGAGGAGGAGGAGGAGAAUCCACCCACUGCAAGCCCAAGUCCAAGCCCAAGCCCAAGCCCAAGCCCAAGCCCAAGCCAAAGCCCAAACCCUCUACCUUACUGUCACCGUUACGAUGUUCCUUGGGAGUUUUGUGAAUACGGCCCUUCAGACUCGGGAAGGAAAAUUCUUUCUGAAUCUCUUAUUGAGUUUGCUUUUCAAUUCUACAAGAUGAAGGCAACAGAGAAGCCAGACGCCAACGUGGUAUUCUCGCCUUUCAGCAUAGCCAGCACCCUGUCACUCCUGCUCUUGGGAGCAAGAGGCGACAGCCGUAGAGACCUCGAAAAAGAAUUGCAUUAUCCGGAGAACUUCACCUGUAUUCACGAGGAGAUGAGACACGUUGCUAAGACGUCCCUCAAUCUGCUGACUGCCUCCAAGAUAUUCCACGGGGCAGGCACUGAAAUGCAGCCUUUUUUCAUCAACCAAUCGCAAGAGUUCUACGGAGUGCUGCCUGAGCAAUUGACAAAUGAGAGCUCAGUGAACGCCGAGAUGAUCAAUCAGUGGGUCUCUGAAAAGACGCAGCACAAGAUCACCACGUUGGUGGACGAUGUGGGUGCAAACACUGAUAUCAUAAUACUGAAUGCCAUCUAUUACCAAGGGACAUGGCUGACACAGUUUAAUCCUGAAAACACAACAAUGGACUCCUUCUGGUGUCCAGAGAAGACUGUUCAAGUGCAGAUGAUGAGGAGUGAAAAUUACAAGCUGUUUUUAAAAACCGACUUCCACCUAAAAGCCAAGGUUGCUAAGUUCCAGCUGUCUGGGGAGACCAGUCUGCUGGUCUUGUUGCCUUUUGAUUCCACUCCAAGUUCACUCUUGGACCUCGAAUCAAAGCUGGACCUUGAUACGUUCCUUAAGCUGAUGAUGGAUCUUAAUGCAGCAGGACUUACGGAAACCAUGGUGACUCUGCCCAAAAUUAUUCUUGACGCCAAAACUGACUUAACGUGGCUACUUGCGGACAUGAAUUUCAUAAGUAACUACAAAUCUCCCAAUUUGUGCGGAAUGACUCUGAAGAACCCACUCCUCAUCUCAGACUCCAAACAUCGAGCAGUCAUUGAGCUGAGCGAAAGCGGUGUGGAGGCUGCGGCGGCGACGUCCGUGUCUGUUGCGCGCACCAUCAAUGUGUUUGAAGCCAACCACCCAUUUAUUUUUAUCCUCUGGGAUGAGAAGAAUGAAUUGCCACUCAUCAUGGGUCAAGUUGCUGACCCUACUUCAACUUCACAAGAGGUGUAAUUCAUGAGCUCUUAUUGUUCGUGUCUGUUGUCAACAAUCUUAACCUGUAUGGUCAGUUACCACUGUAGGCCAAUCAUUUUCUAAGAGUUUUAUAAGACUGUUCUGAGUUUUGUGAUCUUCUUUUCUUGUAAUUACAAUAUUACUCUAAUUUUACAUGCAUUUUAAUUUUUUACAUUACUCACCACAAGCGUUGCUUUUAUCUGGUCCUUAACGACCUUCAGUUGUGCUCCUGUAAGGCUCUUGAUUGCAUAGACAAUAAACAAUCACAAUCUGUCUAA